AUGCAAGAUGCCUCGGCCCAGAUGGCUCUGCUACAAUUCAUGACCUGUGGUAUGGCUUCUACUGUUGUUCCUGCCUCCAUUCACUGUGACCAUUUGAUUGUGGGUAAAAAGGGUGCCGAUACUGAUUUAGAAGCUUCUAUUGCUACCAAUAGCGAAGUAUUUGACUUCUUGGAGUCAUGUGCCAAGAAGUACGGUAUUGAAUUCUGGGGUCCAGGAUCUGGAAUUAUUCAUCAGAUUGUUCUUGAGAAUUUCUCCGCUCCUGGAUUGAUGAUGCUAGGAACCGAUUCCCAUACUCCUAAUGCUGGAGGUUUAGGUGCCAUUGCCAUUGGUGUUGGCGGUGCUGAUGCUGUUGAUGCUUUGACAGGUACCCCAUGGGAACUGAAGGCUCCCAAGGUCAUUGGUAUCAAGCUUUCUGGAAGGCUGAGUGGUUGGGCAGCUCCCAAGGAUGUUAUAACUUAUUUGGCAGGCAAGCUGACUGUCAAGGGAGGUACUGGUUCGAUUAUCGAGUACUUCGGUUCCGGUGUCGAUACAUUGAGUGCUACUGGCAUGGCAACAAUCUGUAACAUGGGAGCUGAGGUAGGUGCGACUACUUCUACAUUCCCUUUCACACAAUCAAUGAAAAGAUAUCUUACUGCUACUCAUCGUGGCCCCAUUGGUAACUUAGCUGAAGAGGUUAACAAGGAGACCGGUUUUCUUCAAGCUGAUGAAGGUGCUGAGUAUGAUCAAGUUAUUGAGAUUAACUUGGAUACACUUGAACCCCAUAUUAAUGGACCAUUUACGCCUGAUUUGGCUACACCUAUUUCCAAGUUUGCUUCUACUGUCAAGGAGAAUGACUGGCCCCAAACUGCCUCCGCCGGUUUAAUUGGUUCCUGCACAAACUCCUCUUACCAUGAUAUGACCCGAGUGGCCUCGCUUGUCGAACAAGCUGACAAGGCGGGUCUCAAGCCUAAGAUUCCUUUCUUCAUCACGCCAGGCUCAGAACAGAUUCGUGCCACCAUUGAGAGAGAUGGCUUGACCCAAAUAUUUGAGAAAUCGGGCGCCACUAUCUUGGCUAAUGCAUGUGGUCCUUGUAUUGGUCAAUGGGAUCGUUCUGAAGAGAAGGGACUGGAAAACAAUGCAAGCAAUGCCAUUUUCACUUCUUUCAAUAGAAAUUUCAAGUCUCGUAAUGAUGGAAAUCCUAAUACUAUGAACUUUUUGACUUCACCCGAAAUUGUUACUGCUUUCAUCUAUAGCGGAUCUACUACUUUUAAUCCUAUGACUGAUACAAUCGUCGGAGAAGAUGGAAAAUCUUUUAAGUUUGACCCUCCUUCCGCCGGUGAAGAGCUUCCUUCUGAGGCUAAUGGUGGUUUUACCAAAGGAACAAGAUCUGAGUUCUACCCAGCCGAAGACACCACUCCUGUGCCUGAGACUGAAGUAGCCGUUUCGCCUACUUCUGAUAGACUCCAACUGUUAACUCCUUUUGAACCAUUUAAUAAUCAAGAGCUCAAGCUCAACGUUAUUCUCAAGGUACAGGGCAAAUGUACCACAGAUCAUAUCUCUGCUGCCGGUGUUUGGUUGAAGUAUAAGGGCCACUUGGAGAAUAUUUCUAAUAACACUCUUAUCGGUGCCGUUAACAAAGAAACAGGCAAGGUUAAUCAUGCUAUCGAUUUUGAUGGUUCUGAAACUUCUAUUCCCGAGCUUAUGAUCAGAUGGAAAAAUAACAAUGUUCCAUGGGCUGUCAUCGCUGAAGACAACUACGGCGAAGGUUCUGCCAGAGAGCAUGCUGCUUUGUCACCCAGAUUUUUAGGAGGCAAAUUGGUUCUUACUAAGUCUUUUGCUCGUAUCCAUGAGACCAAUUUGAAGAAGCAAGGUGUGCUGCCUUUGACUUUUGCUGAUCCUGCUGAUUAUGACCGUAUCCCCUCCCUCUCUACUAUUGAAACUGUUGACCUUAUUGACAUGCUUUCUAAGGGUGGCGACAACGGUGGCUUUGUCACCUUGAAAGUUACGAAGCCCGAUGGUGAGUCGUUUACCAUUAAGACGAAGCAUACAAUGUCGAAGGAUCAGGUUGAAUUUUUCAAGGCUGGAAGUGCCAUCAACUAUAUCGGCUCAGUUCGUGCUGCGGCAGCUCAAACAGCUGCUUUAUAA